UAAAAUCUAAAAAUAAUGUCAUACUAAUUACAAUAAACACGAUGAAAAUUAUCUAGUGGCAAACAGAAAUAUGCAUUUUUAAAAAAAAGAAAAAUUGCAACGAGGAAAGUCAAAUGAUAAAACUACAAAAUGAAUCACCUAUCUUUAUUUUGAUUAUUACGUUGCUAAGCAACGAUUAGGAAUACUUUUGUUUCCUAUUUCCUAUGCAUUACGUUUAUACUUGUUUUUUUUUUACACUAAAUUGUGUAAGAAAGUGAAGACAAAAAAUUCAAAUUUAAAUAUUAUUUUUCUCCAUGAUUUUAUAAAAAAAAAAUCGAUAUGUCCGAUAUUCAAGGAAAAAAACAAAUUGCUGCAAGUUAUCGAGUUAAGGAACCUAUACAUAAUUUUAAAAUUAGAGUUAAAGUCGCCCAACAGAAAUCUUUGCUAGCCGAUUUAUUUGAUACGGAUAACGAUACAAGAGAUUCUAAUUAUUUAGAAGAAGAAGAACGUAUUUUUAGAUGGCAAGAGAAAAUCUUCAGUCCAUUCGAGAUAGAAUUUUACAAAGAUGAAAACAACUGUGUUAACGAUUAUCAAAAAAAGUAUCAUCAAAUGUUAAAGGAACAAAAUGUGCAAGGUUCGCAUUUGUACAGUUACACGGAAACAGAUUCGUAUUAUCCUAAUGAAAAUUUGCUUACUAAGCCUUACCAAUCUUAUUUGUCGUUUAAAAAUCAAUCGGCAUUACCUAAAAUGCUUAAUCGUAAACCAUUUUCAUUAAGAUAUAAUAAAAAUGUUAUCGAUGAUAAAAUCACUGAGACCAGAAUACGUUCUAAUCAUUAUUUUUAUAUGGAACGUAGUACCAUGUAUAUAUUACUCGAUUUAAGUAGAAAAAAUAAAUCUGAUUUGUUUCAUACAACUGACCAUGAAAUGGAAACGUUAUUAUGCAAAAUAACAUAUGACAAAGUAAAUCAUAUUUUAACUAUGUAUCCUGAUUUUACUUCUGACCAAUGUUACACGCUUACCAUGGAUAGUGGUAUUAAAUAUGAUUAUUGGAUAGAACAUUAUUCUGAAAUUCAAUCUAUAUCGGAAUUGGAAGAACAACGUGAAGAAUUACGACAAGAAAUACAAAAACUGAUGUUGUACAAAGCGGCAGAGAUACCAAACGAAAUAGAAUUAACAAUACCAAACAUAUUGCAAAUCUUUUUAAACCUAAACAUCGUUUCUGCACACAAUUUUACUUAUGACGGUUUAUUCAUAACAUAUUAUAUCGUUUUACCUAAAGAUUGGAGUACCAAACAAAAAGAAAAAUUAAUUGGUAGAACACAAAAGUGUCGUAUCAAAGAUAAAACUGCAUACUUUGAUUACAUCAUGGAUAUAUUAUUGGAUUUGCAUUUAAAUGUGUUAACUAAAAAUGCAGCUAUUACCAAGUGGCCGUCUUUAUUAAUAUGUGUAGCAUCUCUUGAUAGUUGGACUAGAUAUCGCAUAGAAGGGUAUGGAGUAGUACCUAUAUCGUUGUUGCCAGGUACACACGAAUUAAAUAUACCCACUUGGAGACCAGCUGGGGAUAUCGUUGAUUCUCUUCGUAGAUUUUUUACCGGUGGUACUUAUGAACUGGAAGAUAUCACACAUUGUGGUAUUCCAUUGAUGCACGACAGUGCAUUGUUAGACAAAUCUAAUUUAAAUGUUGUAUCAAGCGGUUAUGUUAAACUAAAUCUUAACAUUGUUCAUCGAUACAACGACAAUAUGAAUACGACAAAUUUUCAAAGUAAAUAUCUUGACAGAGAUAACGUUGAUGCACUCAUGAAUAAUGUUGAAAAUGUCUUAGAACAAUUCAAGGCUGCUAGAGAACGUAUGCUACAAAUAAGAAAUGCUGAUUUAUGACUUUUUUUUAAUAGUGUAACAAAGUAUGUACAUAUUGAAAAGUAUUUAUAAAAAUAGGUUAGAAAUUAGUUAUUUUGAUAAAAUAAUUAUUAAUAAUGAAAUAUU